AUGUUCUUAACCGCAGGUUGAGGACGCGUCCCACGUCCGCUGUUGGGCGACGACCUGUCCAGCUGGUUCCAUUCCAACAUUCCAUUACAUACUGUCAUGUCCUCUCUCAAUGUUCCUGAAGACACAUUGAGCACAUUAGGACCCCCCCGCUCUCCUAGUCGAGCUUCCCGACGAGCCUCCGCAGAUGCCGGCAUCAAAGAGACCCUCAACGCCGUCUUUCGAGAAGAAAGUGACGGCCAGCGGACACUCAACCAAUAUAUUAUCAAAGACGUCCUCGGCAAAGGCGCCUACGGAACUGUUUACUACGGCGUUGACACCUCGGCAGAAGGCCAAAAUGAAGGUGUCGCCAUAAAGGAAUUCAGUAAAUCCAAGCUCCGCAGGCAAAAACUCCAGCGGGAAGGUGGUCCGUUUGGUGCAAGAGGGCUUCGAGGACGCGGACGAGGGGCCGGUGUCGCACCUAGUGCAUUGUCUCAUGCGAAUAUGCUGGCCAAAUCGGAUAACCCUAUUGAUCUGGUUAGAGGGGAAAUAGCCAUUUUGAAAAAACUAGACCAUGAAAAUGUUGUGCGAUUGUAUGAGGUGUUGGAUGAUCCACAGCAGGACUCCCUUUACAUGGUCUUUGAACUCUGCAGCAAAGGACCCAUCAUGGACAUCUCCCUCGAUAAGCCCACUGCUCCCCUCCCAGAAGACCUAGCCCGGGACUACUUUCGACAAAUGAUUCUAGGAAUAGAAUACCUCCAUGAACACGAUAUUGCACAUCGUGAUAUCAAGCCGGACAAUAUGCUUGUCGCAGCGGACGGAACACUCAAGAUUGUCGACUUUGGCGUCUCUGAGAUAUUCAGUCCUGCUAGCGACCGUCUCAAAACUUCGGCGGGGUCACCGGCCUUUUCCGCACCGGAGGUCUGCGUUGCACACCAUGGUGAUUUCUCGGCUCGCGCGUGCGAUAUUUGGGCAAUGGGCGUGACGCUCUAUUGCAUGCUAUUUGGUUCAUUACCGUUCAAUGGAACAUCUAUUAUAGAUCUGUAUGAAAGCAUUCGGUCUGCACCGACUCCUUAUCCCGACAGCGCGAGUGCGCUCCAGAGAAAUGUUUUGGAGCGAUUAUUAGAAAAGAACCCCACACAGCGUAUCUCGAUGGACGAACUGCGGGUUCAUCCGUGGGUGACAAAAAAUGGCACAGCUCCGUUACGAAGCAGAUCCGAAAACUGUGUACCCGUCUCUGAUAUUACUGAAGAGGAUAUCAAAACAGCUGUCAAGGGCAUCAUUCCACUCUUUACGGUGUUGAAGGCAGUCAAUAAACUCAAGAAGCUCCGCCAAAGCGCGGAAGUAGACAGCAAAGGAUAGUAUCAUACCCGCCCUUUUUUGUACGUGCCUUACAAAAUACACAUAUAUAGAUUGAAAAUGCCCAAAAAGUCCAAAAAAAAUAUGAUACAA